AGGAGGAAGCAUCGCUGUAGGUGAUAAGCACGUGAAAUUGUUUUGACACGCGCGACAUAAACGGACUCCCCUCUGAAAGAAGCUUGUAAUUGUGUUUUUAAUUAAGAACAAACGGAAGUUGGCCUACUACCUACAAACUAGUGUUCUGUUUUGUUGUGAUUCUGUGAUAAUAAUAACAACGUAUCUAUUAUAAUAUUUUAACCUAAAAAACCACACUACAUAACAAUUUUAUAAAUAAUAUUAGGCUUAAAUAACUAGUAGUCAGAUAGUUUGACGGAUACUGUGCCAGUGCUGAAUGUUGUUUGUGUGAUGAAGUUAUCAUUAUCUUCUGUUCAAUGGAUGCAAAACGUGUUGACAAUAUUUGUGCAGCUGGUCGCAACGUAAUGACAGUUGUAGUUGCCGCCGCGUGUGUACGUUGCCUUGGAAAACGCUGAAUAAGCAGAUCGCCAGCCCAGGAGACGAUUGUCCCCGGGCACCGAGCUCCACAAUUCAGUCGCCGUCGACCGCUAAGAUAGAGGACAUCGUUGGCAGGAUCAUGACGCGGAGGAAGCAGAACUGCCCCAAACGAAUGAAAUGGGAAGGAGGAGAGGGAGAACAGCCGCCAGAGGGUGUAGAGGAGGAGGGGGCGCCUUCAGAGGAGGAGGAAGAAGAUGAGGAGGGUGGAGAGCAGGAGGGUGAUUCGCAGGCCUCCUCGCAACCUCCUUCACCAGGCUCGCCGCUAUUAGCUCACGAGUCUGACAACGCAUUAAUACUCAGGGAAAGUGCAAGCCCUUCAAGGGACUCGCGGGGCUCGUCGCUGCCUCGCUGCGGAUCUCGGGAAUCGGCGGCCUCCGACAGAGCCGACGUCCUGUCACUAAUGCCUCCGGCCGUCAUCCUGGGCACCGGCCCGGGUCGCCUCGGCUCCGUCUCCCCGCUGGUCGCGUCAUCCUCACCUCCGAUGCUGCUCCCCGCCAACUGCCAGUCAUCGCCGCGAUCCUCGCCGCUCAUGGACGCCUCCGAUGCCGCCGUCCUCGACUUCAGCACAAAGCGUUCCAGUUCCCCCCUCGCACCCGUGCUCAACCUCAGCAAAGCCUCCACACCGGCGCUCUCCCCCGUCGAGACUCACCUCAACAGCCCCCUCGACCUGUCCGUCUCCAGUCGCAAACGCAGCCACGAUGACUCCCCCACCACUUCGUCGUCCCCCAGCCCCACCCCACGCAAAACCCCCCGAGUCACCCCCGCCGAUUUCAAGUCAGUUGUCUCGCCGUGGACAUCCCCCGCCAUUGCUUCUCACCUCCCCUACUUCGUCGCCGCCGUCGCCAACAGUCUCUCUCCCAAGAACAACACACACGACUCCUCCUCACUGUGGAACGGUAAGAUGAAACUCAACGACAAAUCUUCCCCCACCUUCCCUUUCGGCCCCAUGCCUAGUGAUGCCACCAAGGCCUUGGAGAAAAUGAGUGAACUGAGCAAGUUGGGAGGAGAUGAGUUCAAACCGAUGGGAAAUAGUGUGCUGGGUGGAGGAGCUGGUGGUAGGCACAGUGCCUGGCAAUCACACUGGCAGAAUAAAGGUGCUGAUCAAGCUAAAGAUGUACUCAAGUGUGUCUGGUGCAAACAGAGCUUUCCAAGCCUCGCCGCCAUGACAGUGCACAUGAAAGAAGCUAAACACUGUGGAGUGAAUGUGCCUGUUCCCCCUAUACAACCACCACCCCCACCCAUCCCACAAUCACCUCAAAACUCGUCCUCAUCUGGCUCAAACAGUAUGUCAGGAGGUCAAGGUGGACCCAACUCCAACAAACCAUCUGCUUCUGAUUUGAAUCUACUCAUCAAGGAAACCAUGCCACUCCCAAGAAAACUUGUCAGGGGCCAAGAUGUGUGGCUGGGAAAAGGUGCUGAACAAACCCGCCAGAUUCUCAAAUGUAUGUGGUGCGGACAGAGUUUCAGAUCGCUGGCUGAGAUGACUAGUCACAUGCAGCAGACUCAGCAUUACACAAAUAUUAUCUCUCAGGAGCAAAUAAUCUCAUGGAAGUCAGCCGAUGAAGGGAAGUCUGGAAGUCAAGGCGGAGGAGCUAGUGGAGGGAGUUCAGGAUCAUCGGUAGGAGCAGCUGGUAGUGGUGGUGGGGGCCCAGGGGCCACCAGCAGCCAUGUCAGUGCAGUCCUCACCUGUAAAGUUUGUGAUCAAGCAUUCAGCUCUCUCAAAGAGUUGAGUAACCACAUGGUGAAGAACUCUCACUACAAAGAGCACAUCAUGAGAUCAAUCACAGAAAGUGGUGGUAGAAGGAGACAAACUAGGGAGAAAAGGAAAAAAUCACUACCUGUCAGAAAACUACUAGAAUUGGAAAGAGCACAAAAUGAAAUGAAGAAUGGUGAAGGAAUCAUGCUAAUGGGUAACAAGCCUGGCAGAGAACUCCAUUCUGCUGGAAGAAUAACAUGUGAAAAGUGUGGAGAAAAAAUCGACAUGGCUGUGUUUGUAGAUCACAUUAGACUCUGCAUUGGAGGGGGACACAUCGGCAGUGACCAGAGGAAUCUGCUGAAGAAUGCUCUCCUCUCCAGCAAUGUUCUACCACCAGAAUCUCAGAUAACCCAAGCUCUACAAGAGAGCAGAAAAAUCAAAAGAGAUGAACAGUCGAGGCAACAGCAAUCACCUUCCUCUGCCACAGACUUGUCAAUGCCACCUUCCAGCCCCAAAGAAAUGGCAACCAAACAGGAAGGCAAGAGCUCCUCACCGUCCGUGUUGAAUGCAAUAGAGAAACUCAUUGAGAAAAGCUUUGACUCGAGGUCAAGGCAUGGUGCUGGCUAUCCUGGAGCAAUGGGAAGCCCCGGUCAAGGUCCCAUUGGCUCCAGCAUCCUGAAAAGAUUAGGAAUAGAUGAGAGUGUUGAUUACACAAAGCCUCUAGUCGAUCCUCAAACCAUGAACUUGCUAAGAAGCUACCACCACCAUCAUGCAUCACAGUAUGCUCGCAGAGAAAGGAGUGGCAGUGAGUCCAGCUCAAUUUCAGAGAGAGGAAGGAAUGAUAGCCUCACUCCAGACAGAAAAUUCGACUCUUCUGAUCGCCUGAUGUCUUCCACACCAAGAACAACGCCUGAAAAAAGGAUACAAACACCUCCUUCAGCAAAAAUGUCCUCAGGUCAUGAAUCAAAUGAUGAAGAGAUACUUAUAAAAAAGGAGAUAGAUGAUUCUGAGUCUUUGAAAGAUGAUGAUGGGAAUAGCAGUUUGAGGAAUGAUGUACAUGUGAAGAAGGAAGAAGGAGAGAAUGGUGAUGAUGAGGAUGACAGGAGGAGCUAUCAGAGUGAUGAGCCAUUGUCACAGAUGAGGUUGAAGGAAGAGCCACUCAAAGGAUCACCUGAAAGGAGCGUGGAAGAAUUCAAUGAUGAGGAUAGGAAGAGUGGAGGGGGUCGCAGUCCUAGUAUGAGUCCCAGACAACCUACUCCAGGCAGGCCGUCUUCUAGUGACCCAGUUGCCAACAGUCCUUGCAGAAACAGUGCUAGCCCAGCCAGCAGUGACAGGUCGGGGACACCAAGGAGCACAGACAGGAAGGCUUCUGGCAGCUUGGGUGCUCUCUCCUCAAUGUUUGACAGUUUGUCUGGAGGUGGAGGUGGUGCCAACUGCCAAGGUGAACCACAGGCUGGAACUGCUGUGAAAGGCACCAGUCACCCUUUAGCUGCUCUGCAGAAGCUCUGCGACAAGACUGAGACACACCAUCAUCCCAGUGGUGGAAGUGGAAGCAGGAGUUCCAGUGCAGUUCCCAUGAAUCCUGGCAUGGCUGGUGGUCAGGGCAGUUCAACAUCUACCACAGUAGCAGGAACCACUCCUGGUGGGAUUCUGGCAUUGAGCUGGGCGUGCAAUGAGGCAGUGGUGACCGCUGAUUCCAUCAUGAAGUGUGCAUUUUGUGACACACCUUUCAUCUCCAAAGGCGCCUACAGACAUCAUUUGAGUAAAAUGCAUUUUUUGAAGGAUGGUGUCAUACCUGAUCCUGUGGCUUUGAAGAGUCAGGCGGGAAAUGCACAACAGUCAGCAGCAGUGGCGUCGUCAAAGUCGAGUGGAAGCAAUGGGAACAACGCUGCCUCAACUUCCUCUUCGUCUGCCAAGAGUCCUCCAGCCCAACCCAACAACUAUGAGGAAAGCCCGCACUCAAAAUUCCUCAAAUACACAGAGCUUGCCAAACAGCUCUCCAGCAAGUAUGUAUAGUCUCUGAUCGACUGAUCUUUGUUGUAAAUUAGAAUCGAUGAUUUUCUGUGUAUCAUAGUCCAUUCCUUCUGUACAAAGCUUCCCCCUUUGAGGAAUUGUAAUUUGAAUUAUAGUGUUCUAAGAACUUAAUAAUAAUAUUAUACUGGUCAAGGCUGUUAAUACUUUCGACAGAUAGGACUCAUAGCCUAGAAAACGAACGCUUUGUUCUUGUAUUAUUUGUACUUACAAGUUAUUAAACUACUAGUGUCAAGCUGGCAUGUUUUUGAUAAGCCUAAUUUAUGAUUUAGGAUUGUAAGAUUCUAUAAGCCAGACCUUGGCCGGCUCUGGUUCCCGUGUAUACCAUAGUCCCGGUGUUGAAAAAUAUUCUGAAGACUAUAAGUCAAAACUCAUGUAUACUCUGUGUAAGUAAGUAAAUUUAUUAAUAGUUAAGGGACAAGUGAUAUAUUGUUUAUAAUUUAUUUUAUUAUUCAUUUAAAAUUAAGAAAAACUCAGAGAAAAUUGCAGAUAUUUGUGUGGAGAUGAGCUGGGGUUUAUUCGAAUUUAGAUAAGUUUCAAAAUAAAACUAUACUUCCAAAAAUAAUCCCGCAAUAUUUUCAAAUAUUUCAAGCAAUAAAUUUUUGGAUUUGAUUCUCCUGUACAGUACUUGAUUUCAAGAGAAAACAAUCUUCAUUCGAGAAUCAACUAGUUUAGAGAAUUGAUUUCAUGAAAUCAAAAGUAUUGAAUCUCAUAAUAAUUACUAGUUAACAAUCUGAGAAAUAUGGGAAUUGAAUGAUGACAUUGUGAUUCUUAUUUCUCCAGUGAUUCAUCCACACAUCUCUCUGUAUUUUUAGUAUUAUAGGCCUAUACCUUUACUCAAGUCUUACCAUAUACGUAUACAUUUCAAAUGUUAGUUGAUAUAUUAAAAUUGAAUUAAUAAAAAGUGAAAUUUUCAAAAAUAAAGAGGAAUAAUUUUUUUGGUACUUCUUAUACAUAAGAAUAUUUGAAAAUGAAAUUAAUUAGACAUUUUUGGUAUUUCCUAGUUGAAAGUGAUAUAAUAUAACAUUAUUAUAUACUUAAAUUAUUGUAAUUCUCUUAAAAUUAAGGCUCCCUCUAUUUAAUGAAUGAGUGAGUUUCUCCCUUGAAAAAAUGAUUUUCAAAAGUGUAUUGAAUUUAUGAAGUAUAAAAAUUCUGAUAAAAUACAUCAAUUGAUUUGAAACCAUACAUAAUUUAACUGUUUAUUAGUAUUCUGCAAUAAAGAUAAAAUCCAGACAAUUUCUAUUACCAAGCUAGCAAUUGGAUAAUUCUUUUCAAAUAUUUUUCUCUCAAAGUUGUAUGAUAUGAUAAUAUGACAUCGUUGAUUUUAUUCGGUCCUGUUCGGUCGUUGGAUCAGUAAAAUACGAUGACUUGUAUGAUUGAUAGUCAUUAUUUUUUAAACUGUUAAUACUAUACAUAUUUAAUAUAAUGACAAAUGCUGAUGCACGUAUACGCUCUUAUGUAAUUAAUUGAUUAAUUAUUGAUAUAAUAUUUUGCAACGCUCAUAAAUUAGUGUGUAAGAUGAUGUGAGAGAAUUUUUGAUUAUAAAGUUGACAUUUGUAUACCCUGAAGAAUAUUUAUCAGCAGAGCAUUCAGUUAUUCCUCUAUGGUUUAUGUUCAUCUCUUGUGUAUUUUCUUGGGAAGUAUUAAGAUAAAAAUCUUUUUAACAUGAAUAUAUAAAUAUAUUCAUCUGAAUAGUUCAAUUUAUUUCAAUAAAUUGACUAGACUUCCAAGUAAUUGAAUUAAUAACUAUAGAUUCCGAAUAAAUUGAGACUAAUGAAAUUUUCACUCAUCAUCCAGAAAGUUUGAAUGUUAAAACGAAGAAAUUUGAAAUUCCCAACUAAUUACUUUAAUUUAUGUACCCAGAAUUUCUUUUAAACUCUUGACUAUUUUUAAAUACCAGAACUUCCGCUUGAAUCCUUCAUUCCGAAAUUCUCGGGUAUUCCUUCAGAAUAUUUUCAAACCUCAUGUUCCUGUCACGCGUUAUCAUUUUGGAAGCCCAUCUUUCUUAUGAGUAGAUCGUUGAAUCGUCUCUCUCCAUCGGGCAUCCGUCUCACUCCCACGAUUGGAGUGAUUCACUUCAUCCAUAACCUCGCUUAUCAGAGUCAAACCGGUGACAAAGAAAUUAUGGUACGAGGAUCAUGUCUUGGCCCACACAGACUCAAACUGGUUCCACUAAUGACGAAGUCACUCUUAUCCGGAGAGUGAUUUACGGAAGGCCCUUUGGACGUAGUCUAGUCACUCCACUCCCAGAUCUCCAAUUUAUAACCUCAUCGGGUUUAGGAGAGUGCGCUUAUAAAUAACGGACGAAUGUCGUUUAGUUUCAAUGUCGUCGACUUGACACAGCAUCGACCUCUCCUACAAAAUUUACUUGACGUGGUCACAUUAUUUGACACUAGUUUCGAAAUGUAUCGAUAUGAGAGUCUACUGGAGACCAACACAGAUUCAAAUGUACGUUCGGAUGGAAAGUGGUUCUUUUGAAUACUAUUUUUCCUCAUUAAAACUCACUCUCUUCUCCUCCUUCUUCUUCUAUAAUUCUUAAUAAUUUCUACCUCCACCUCUAUCUCUCAAUUUUUCUUUCCUUCUACAUUUCUCAUAUUUCUCUUCCUCUUUAAUACUGUAUAGAAUCAUCAUCAUAUCAUUUGCCUCUUCAAUCUCAAAUCCAUUUAUAUCAUGAUAGUAUUCCUGGAAGCUAUUUCUAUAAUUUUUCAACGAGAAUUGGUUUAGGUUUUUCUUCAAAUAAAUCUACCAGUAAUGAGAUAAACAUAGUAUAGUAAUUAAUAUCUAGUUCCAAAUUGUCUACAUUCUGGCAAAUACGAUUCUCCUAAUCGUGUAACAAUGAAUUCAUUUGAUAACCUCAGUAUCAAGCUGAUCUCCGAUCUAAAGAUAAUUCUGUUUCUCUACUAUUUGGGGCGACAGUUGAGCUCUAAGCUCGUGCUCAUGAAGCUCUCUUUAUUCCAAGUAGCUUCAAGUCGAUGAAUGCUUGAACAGCUGCUUAGAUGUCCCAUCAGUCACAUUGGAUACCUACUGUCUUCUCUUUCUCCCUUCUUCCCUCUCUCUUCUCUUCUUCUCUCUUUCUAAUGAUUUCUCACUCUUCCACCCACUGCUCUUCGUUUCACAAAUAUCUUUAUCGUAUACAUUUCACUAGCACACAUUUUGUAGAAUACGAUCGAAAAACUUGGCAUUUUGCCAGUAAUUAGGUGCUGAUAUGAUGGUUUUGUUAUUUUAAUAGAUGAGCCUGAAUAAGAAACAUCAAUUUGGUGAUUCUUACUGUAACUUUUUACUAAAAUAUAAUCGGUUGAAGCAGAAAAAAUCAAACAAAAGUUAGAAAUUAACCUGUUAUAUUGACGGAAAAACCUGGUGAAUUUGAGAAAAGAUCUAUUAUGAAAUAUUCGACUCUUUGAAAUUACAGGAUAUGAACAUUUUCGAUCCCUCCAAUCUUACAUUGUGCGGAAUACAGUAACACAAACAGCGGCUUCUUAUCAAAAUUUGAACUAGUAGGCUAUUACAAAAACUAGAUAUAAAAAUCUUUUAUGAGGAUGAAAAAGGAUAAAUAAUAGAUUCAGCAAUUAUAAUCUUAUUUUAAAAAUCUCUGCAAUGAUAUGAUUUGAAAAAGCACACACGAAUCAAGCAGUAGAAAAAUGAAAACCAACGCAACUAAUUGUAGAAAAGUCUUCCAAAUGAUAAUAAUUAUGCCCGCUCAAUAAUAGCCAUGCAUAAUUCCUUCACCCGGUACGAAGUAGAUGAUAAACUAAAAAUAUAAACAAUAAAUUACGGUUGAUGAAAUAAAUCGUGCCUUUCAAAAAGCUGACAGCUAAGAUAUGUGGAUGUAUAUGUAUUUGUUGAGGAUUGUGACAGAGGCCAAUGGGAGUUUGUGUGAGGGAGAGAGAGCAUGUGUGAGAAAGAGAGAAGGAGGAGAUGAGAAAUUGAGACAGGUGCGUGGAGAAAAUGUCGCAGUUGACAGAGUUGUGUCAUUUGGGAGAGAGAAAAUAGAAGUUUGAUAAAAUACUGAUGGAAAGAGAUGGACAAGAAAAUGAGGAGGAAGUGAAGAUGGAGGAGUACAAGGAUGAGGUGGAAAACGAGGAGGAGGAGGUAUGAAUAAUUUCUUGUUGAGAAGCGACAAGAAAGAGAGAAUAACUGACAGAGAAUUAUUCCACGAGAGAGGACAGGUUUCAAAUGUGACACACAGUGACGAUUUAUAGACUUAGCUGUUGUUAUAAUGAUGAUUUAUACUGUGGGCAGUAUCUAAGCAUUUCUUGUGCUUAUUUUUAAGUUGAAGUCCCGCUCAUUUUAAAGUUCGCCUUUGAAGUUCGAUAACAAAAUUAAGUCGCAUUCUCGGAGUGAUCGUUCCUAAUUCGUCAUGAGAUUCUUAGAAUUGUGCAACCAAGAAUUUUUUUUGUAUUGUUCGAGGUAAUUUUUGAGUAGAUUGGUAUUCCAAGCAAAACUGUAUAUUCACUUCGUAACAGUUAAAUCUAUUCUGCACGUGAAAAAUAAAUCAUUGUGAUUUAUAAAGAAAUUUUUUAGAAAUACUUCCCAAGAAAUUCAUCCCAUUUUUAUUUGUUCUUUGUUAUUGUCACAGAUACUUCAUACACGAAUUAUUUGGAAGUGUACUCUCAGUUAUUCAUUAAAUGAGUAUCCUGUUCAAAUGAUGUAUUUGUUUCAAAAUAUAUAUUUUGUGAUAGUUUACAGUAACCACAGAUCUGAGAUGUUGUUCUCAGUGAUAAGUAAUCUUCUUUGUACAUUCUCUUAAUACCAUCUCUCUUCCCAGACAAACAUGUAUGAUAAGACUAAAUUAGCUAUUCUUAUGACCAAAUGAUAUGUAUACGAUUACACAUAAUAUUAAAAAAAGAAAUUAGAUUUUCCUUGAAUCUCAAUCAUAAAACUUGGAUAGAGUCAAUAAAAACUAAGUACAAUACUAUCCGAUUGUAUACUGUCUAGUUAUCAAUUUUCAAGUAAAUUGUAUAGAUCAUAAUAUUUCUCGACUUAUUGAUUUUUGGUGUCAACAAUGAACAAUUUGAAGAAUAGAAAUAUAAUGUGUUCAAUAAAUUGAUUGUUCAUUUUCUCUAGUUUGGAUUAUUCGUUGAUUGAAAUUGUAGAACUAUGAUAUCAAUUAUUUAUCCAGGUUAUGAUCUGCUUGCACUAGUAAUCAUCCUAUCCAAAGUUCAAAUUUAAUGCUACUGUUACUCGACAGUAAUUUAUUCCUUUCAAAUUCUCAUGAUUUAUUCACAAAAGAGACAGAAUUAAAAAACUUGAGAUCUACAAUUAUUGUGAAUAAUUUUAUACCUCUUCGAGUGAUAUACGAUUAUGUAUGAUAAAAUUUGUUAUUGUAAGUGUACAAAAUAAUUGGUUGGAAAAUUGAUGAGGUUAAUGCAUUAUUGCUGAAAUUAUUGUAAUGAUCGCUGAUAUGAUUAUAUUUCAACAGAAUCUAAUUUUUGUGUUGUUUUUUGUUUAGUGAGACAGUAAAUUAUACAAAGACUAUAUGAAAGCAAUUUUUUUAUAUUUUUUAAUAGUGUUAUAUCUUUCUUGAAUGUUGAAAUGUAAUCAGACCAGUCCGAAAAAUAUACUUUCCAUAUGAUGUCCAAUGGAGACAUAAAAAUGUUUCCAUGAGAAUCAUCCUGAAAAAUCAGUACUGUUGAUGUUACUUUUAUUAUAAUUAUUAUAUUAUUAAUAGACGAAAAUUGAUUUAAAUAAAACGAGUCUUGCUGAA